AUGGUGGAGGUACGCGAAAGUUGGAAGAAAAGGCUGCGUGGAAAAUUGAGUCACGCAUCGCUCGAAGGAUAUUGCUACCAAGUGAAAAGAUGCAUUGAGAUAGCAUUAGAUUGCUUGAAGUCAAACAGACAAGAAAGACCUUCUAUACGUGAUAUUGUUUCUAGUUUGAAUGAGACUGAAAGAAUGAUAAGUGACACAGGGAUGCAGAAUGAACAGUUCUAUCAAGACGAUGGAGAAUUCACCCUUCCUUCGAAGAUCAGGAGCACCCCUAUCAACCACAUACCUACUUCAGAUACUUCCUUUGAAAACUUACCAGAUCUGGAGCCAGCGGCUAUGUCCUGGGGCUUAUUAAAAGAAAUAACUGAUAAUUUCUCUAGGGAGCGAUUACUUGGUCAGGGUGUGUAUGGAACUGUUUACAAGGGACUCUAUGGGGAUGGACAAGUUAUUGCUGUGAAGCAAUACUAUCUCGAACAUGGAAUGAAUGAUAAUGUUAUCGAAAGAGAGAUUGAAAUCCACAGGAGGGUCCAUCAUCAUCCAAAUAUUGUGCAACUAGUUGGCUACUGUAAUGAGGAAGAAGAAGUUGUUGCAGAAUACAAUGGAAAACAUGUACUUGCUCUCGAUAUACACAGGGCGGUGUGCUUCGAGCAUGUAGGAGGUGGAUCACUUGAGCAGUACAUAACACCAGACGACAUGAGUUCUGCACUCGAUUGGCAGACACAGUACAGGAUAAUUAAGGGCGUAUGUGAAGGUUUGAGACACCUCCAUGAGGGAAUGGAGAGUCAUAUUAUUCACAUGAAUCUAAAACCUAGCAAAAUAUUGCUGGAUGAUCAGAAGAUGGUGCCGAAAAUAGGUGGUUUUAAUCUGGUAAGACUUGAUGGUUCAGGCUGGACACAAGUGACACUGCCGACGACCGGAAUUGAGUACAUGCCGCCGGAAUUUAUUGAGAAGGCAAUAGUCACAAAAGAAUUUGACAUAUACAGCUUGGGUGUCACAAUCUUACAGCUGAUGACAGGGAGGGAAAUGUAUAGAAAACUGUAUGAUAUGUCGUCUGAGAAGUUUAUUGCGAUGGCACAUGCAAAAUGGAGGGAGAGGCUACAGAAAACAGUGGAUGGCACGUCAGUAGAAGGAUACUGUCAGCAAGUCCAGAAAUGCUUGGAGAUAGGAGUGAAGUGCGUCGAGCGUGACAGACACAAAAGACCUGCCAUCGGAGAUAUCAUACAUGUGCUGAACGAAACAGAAAUCUCUAUUCCGCUAUCACGAAAUGGUCUAGACUCGGAAGAUUCGGAGCUGCUUCUAGAAGUACAUCCCAUGGAGCUCUGCUUCCAGGCAGCCAUGUCGUCGGAAGUAGCAAGAAAUAAGAAGGCAUCCAUGAUGUCUUCCAGCUGCUCUCUGCAACUAAAGAACAAUGCAAACGACCGCGUCGCAUUCAUGCUUGUGGCCAACAGCCCCAAGAGGUACCUGACAAAGGAGCCGCUCUGCGGCGUUGUGCCUCCAAGAUGUGUCUACACCCUCACUCACACAAUGCGCAAUAACAAGUUGUCUUCAGAUAGCGGCAGUGUCGACUUCUUCACGUUGUAUAGCGUUGCAGUAGACGAAUACGACCUCGUCAAUGUUGACAAAGAUUCUGCGUGCAAAAAAUAUGACAGCUUCUUUAAGAAAGCUAAAGAAGAGGUGCAAGAGGUGACAUUGAAGGUUAUUUGUGAUCUACCUGCUGCUGAUCGAGGGACAUCAUCUUCGGAGGAUUAUGACGACGAAUCACGCGGGGAGCCUUCGUAUUUGGAACUACCAUACAAUGUUCAUGUAGCUAAAUUUAUAACACGGAAGAAAUGGCUUGUCAUCGGUGAUCGUGAUGGGGGCAUCCUCGUGUACAAUUACGAAGAAGAAGAAGAUGUGAAGAGCUUUGAUGCUCACGAUAGUUGCAUCACAACCUUGGCUGUGCAUCCAACGUCACCAUUUGUGUUAUCUUCGUCUGAGGACGAUGAUCACAUGAUUAAGCUUUGGGAUUGGGGAAAUGGCUGGAAAUGCACUGAAUUUGGAGGCCACACUGACAGAGUCAUGCAAGUAACGGUUAACCCAGAUAACAACGACAGUUUUGCUAGUGCCUCCUUGGAUGGCACAGUCAAGAUCUGGAGUAUUUGUUCCGAUGAUCCCAAUAACAUCAUCACAUUGAAACUGGCUGAGCAUGGGCUCUGUGCUGAUUACUUCACACGCUAUAAUCGGCAGCAUCUGAUCGCGGGCUGUGACGACAGGAAUGCACAGAUCUGGGAAUUGACGAUGAAAGAACGUGUGCAUGAGCUAGAAGGGCAUGACGAUCGUGUCACAGUUGUUGGGUUGCACCCAGAGCUUCAAAUUUUAGUUACAGGUUCACUUGAUGGGGCCGCUCGAGAACAUAAUUGGUUUCAACCUCGGUGCAGUUUAUGCUUUCGGAUGUAUAAAGGGCAUAAGAAGAUGAGUGGUUUGGACCUGAACCUAGAACCAGACGAUGUCGACAUGGAAGAUGCAGGAAUAAAUGGCAGUGACCCCUUUUUCUGCACUCAAGCUGACCAGACAGAGGUUGUCGAUGAGUCUCAGGACCCACUCCUUGCUGAGCAUGGUGGAUAA